UGUAACGGUCGUGCAAAUUUCAAGUCCAUCGCUCAUUAUUAGAAUCACUUCAUUCAGUUUCAUUCAAUAACUAAACAAAAUAACAUGUAAAUUUAGAAAGGUACGUAGGUCUAAAAUUAUAUAGAUUUAUUAUUACGGGCCCAGAAACAUGAUUGUCACUAUAUAGAAUCAUCCCUAAGCACCAAGACGAACGACUGCAUUUCGGACAAAAACAGUGGAUGGAACAAUAAUCCUCUGCCCUUUGAACGAUAAUCACAGGACCUUUGAUGGGUUGGGAAAUGCCGAAUGUAGUGGUCACAGCCGUUCUGUUGCUGGUCACCGUGGAAACGGUGCUUGCGGCGAUCGCCGCCGCCGACAGUCAGCAAGACGUUGACAGCGGCGCCGAUGGCGGAAUGAAGUCACUGAACAUCGAGCUGAUCAAAUCGUCGAUACUGAAUAAGCUAGGCAUGCAGCGGCCACCGGAGUUCAGCGAUCGGCUGCCGCUGCAAGUUCUCGCGAGCAAGUACAACAACGACCACGCAAGUUCUACGGUGGUGCCCUCAAAAAUCCGGCACAAGUCCAACCGCAUAGACGCGACCGGGGAUGGUGGCACCGACAUUCAGGGCCGCAAAACAGCCACCACGUCCACAGACAACACUAUUAACAGCGACAAUGACGAUGACGAUUAUCACGUCAAGACGCAAAAGCUCAUAGCAUUCGCUCAGCCACAUCCCACGGUGCAGAUUCUACAGGAUCAGUAUCCACUCUACUUUACGUUUUCCGAGCAAACUCAACAUUAUCGGAUCACUAAAGCGAUCCUGUGGGUGUACAAGAGACGGUUGGACGUGGUCAUCGACAAAUCGGUGGUUAUCAUCGACGUGUACAGAAUCAACCCAAUCAACUUGCAACAUUCAUUAGUUUCCAGCAUAAAGCGAGUUUUGAACACCACCGAACCGGGUUGGGUGCCCAUUGAACUACAGAAAAAUAUGUCUGAUUGGUUUAAAACCAUUAACGAGACCAAGAACUUGACGCUAAUGAUACAAACGUACAACCCUAACAGGAACGCCACGCACGACAAGAUGCCGUACAUAACCGACGCCAGAAAAAGAGAUGAUAUUAGCGAGAUCCCGUACUUGGAGGUGCACACCCACCACGGUUACCGGAACAGGCGCGGAGCUUCAGGGCCCGAUAGACGGUGUCGCAGGCAACCGGUGACGAUCGACGUCGAUGAACUCGGCUGGGACCAUAUUAUCGUUUGGCCCAAAACGUUCGUGUUCUACUACUGCUCGGGCGAGUGCAGUUCAACGAUGCGGGUGCAUUCCCCGCGACCCACUAGCGGGCGAGAAGCACGACCCGCCGCCGAACGUCAGUGCUGUGUGCCACGCAAGACGUCUAUGCUGUCCAUAUCGUACUUGAACAGUACUGGUUUUGUCGACUACAGAAAUUUGUCCGACAUAAUAGUAGACGAGUGUGAAUGCAAAGGCACCGAUUCCAUCGUACGCUCACUGCAACGGUUCUUAUAAACACGAAUACACAAUAUUAUAUAAUAAUAAUAUGUAGACUAUAGGUAGAGUAUAAUACAAUAUAUUAUUAUAAUAAUUGAUCGCGUUUGGUUUGGCACGUAUAGGUAGAUCGUCAUUGGUUUUACGUUUUAAUAAUUGUAUUUGUACCAUAAAUACUGUCAUCUCGUAUACAGGUACACGAGUGUACAACAUCAUAUAAUUUAUAUUUGUUUUGGUAUGCAAAACAAUAUACUAUAUUAUAUGUGAUGUGCACAAUAUAAUUGCAUAAUAAACAAUAUAUUAACACAUUUGAUAUUUUACAUAAUAUUACUUAUUAAUUUAAAGUAUGUACCAUACCUAAACAGUAUAGUACAGAUUUAAUAAAAAUAAUAUUCAUGAAUUAUAA